AUGGCCCAUUCGGCGGCAAUCAGACGUGCUGAGGACUUCGUGACAUUUUUGAAUGACUCUCCUACUCCUUUCCACGCGGUGCAAUCCUCGAAGCUUCGUCUUGAAAAGGCCGGCUUCAAGGCCAUCAAGGAACGCGACUCGUGGUCGAAUCUACAGCCCGGCGGCAAAUACUACCUGUCGCGAAAUGGGAGCACCAUUGUCGCAUUUGCGAUCGGAUCAGCAUGGAAGGCCGGCAACCCCAUCGCGAUGGUCGGCGCUCACACCGACUCUUGCUGCUUGCGUGUGAAGCCCAUCUCUAAGCGUUCAGCAGAUGGGUUCAUCCAAAUUGGGGUCGAGACAUACGGUGGAGGAUUAUGGCAUACUUGGUUCGACCGAGACUUGGGGGUCGCUGGACGAGUCAUGGUCAAAGCCAAAGACGGCACGAUGGAGGCGCGGUUGAUCAGGAUAAAUCGCCCGGUGUGCAGGGUGCCCAACCUAGCUGUGCACUUCGGUGGUAGCGAGCCUUUCACAUUCAACAAGGAGACACAGCUAUUUCCCAUCGCGGGCCUAGUAUCGGCCGAGCUGAACCGCACCGGCAAGACAGCUGCACAAGCUAAGCAAGAAGAAGGAAACAAGGACAGUACAUUCGCACCGAUAAGGCCUGCAACACAACGCCAUCACCCAUACUUCGUCGAGCUGGUAGCAAAAGAGGCCGGAUGCACACCCGAUGACAUCCUCGAUUUUGAGCUGAGCCUGUACGAUGUUCAACCGGCUUGCAUUGGCGGCAUCAACAACGAAUUCAUCUACUCUGCGCGUCUCGAUAACCUUGGCAUGACAUACUGUGCCGUGGAGGGAUUGAUUCAGUCAGUCGCAUCGCCCUCGGCAUUGAAAGACGAGUCGACGAUACGCCUCAUCGCGUGCUUCGAUCAUGAAGAGAUCGGUUCCACCUCCGCCCAGGGUGCCGCCAGUAACAUGCUCCCAGCGGUCAUUCGCCGACUUUCGUGCUUGGCCUUCUCGUCCGACGACAGCGAGAAGAGCUACGACAAGGUCAGUCAUGCGGACGCCUCAGCCGACCUGAGCACUGCCUACGAGCAGACGCUCGCAACGAGCUUCCUCAUCAGCGCGGACAUGGCGCACUCGGUCAAUCCCAACUAUGGUGGCAAUUAUGAGGCUGAACAUCGCCCGCACAUGAACGAGGGAACUGUCAUCAAGAUCAACGCCAACGUCCGUUACGCAACGAACGCCCCUGGCAUCGUGCUGCUACAAGAGUGCGCUCGUCGCGCUAAGGCCGCUGCAUACCAACCUCCUUCGCUGCUUGACAGUGACGGCAAAGCGCGUGAAAGCGGCGUUCCUCUACAGCUUUUCGUUGUGCGUAACGACUCUCGCUGCGGCAGCACGAUCGGACCGAUGCUUUCGGCGGCUCUUGGAGCGCGUACAAUCGAUGUCGGGAAUCCUCAGCUUGCCAUGCACUCGAUUCGUGAGACUGGUGGAGCCUAUGACGCUGAGUUUGGCGUGAAUCUCUUCGACAGUUUCUUCGAGCACUUCUCUGAGCUUGAGGCCAAGAUCAUGGUCGAUUGA